AUGGCCGACAAGAACGAAAUCCCCGAGGUCGCAACGGAGUCGAAGGCUUCGGAGUCGGGAAACUUCAUCAAUGCCUCUGGCCAUGCCCAAGAGCUGUCGCGAAAUUUCAGUCUUGUGUCUCUCGCCGGCGUCGGGCUCGUGGUUGGCAACGUCUGGCCAGCCAUCGGAGGGUCGAUCCUGGUGGCUAUCUUCAACGGCGGCCCACCAGGUGUGCUGUACGAAUUCCUCGUCGUUUCUGUCUUCUACUGGAUUGUCGCGGCAUGUAUUGCCGAACUUGCGUCUGCCAUUCCAUCUUCCGCUGGCGUCUAUCACUGGGCUUCGGUCACUCCAGGAAAGCGAUGGGGGCGCGUCGUGGGAUUCUUUGCCGGGUGGUGGAAUUGCCUUGCCUGGAUUCUUGGUGCUGCGUCUAUGACAUCCAUUUUCUCUAACACCGUCGUUCAAAUGUAUGCCCUGAAGCAUCCGGAUUUUGUUUCUCAGCCAUGGCACGUUUUCGUCACCUAUAUUAUCGUCACCUGGAUCGCAUGCCCGGUGGUGUGCCUGUUCAACUCGGCCAUGCCGCAUCUCAACAAUGUAGGCAUCUUCUUCAUCCUUGCCGGAUUCCUGAUCACCAUCAUCGUGGUGACCGUCAUGCCAGGCCAGGGCGGCCGACCAGGCCACGCGUCUUCGUCCUUUGUUUGGAGCGAAUGGACUGCCGACAUCGGGUAUCCCAAUGGGUUCGUCUUCGUUGCAGGCAUGCUCAACGGCGCGUUUAGCGUUGGAACUCCAGACACCACAAGUCAUCUUGCGGAGGAGAUCCCCUAUCCCCAGCGAAAUGUGCCUAUCGCCAUCGCUUGCCAGAUGAGCAUCGGCUUUAUCACCGGCUUUUCCUACCUGAUUGCUAUCCUGUACGCGAUCAACGAUUACGACGCUCUGUUCGACUCCCCCUACCCGAUCGCUGAGAUCUACCGUCAAGCCACCGGCUCGGCAAGCGGCGCUAUCGGCCUCCUAACGCUCGUCCUCAUUUGCAUUGGCAUCUGCGUUUGUGGGCUCUACAUUACGUGUGGGCGGACGCUGUGGGCGCUUUCGCGAGACGGGGCCACGCCCUUUCCCAAGGUUUUGGGGAAAGUGUCUCAGAGACUCGGCAUGCCAUUCAACGCCACCAUCGUCUCCGCCAUCUUGGUCACAAUCCUCGGAGCCAUCUAUGUCGGCAGCACCACCGCAUUCAACGCCUUUGUUGGGUCUUUCGUCCUGUUGUCAAGCUCCUCCUACAUUGCUGCGAUCUUGCCCCAUCUUUUGACCAAGCGUCGCAACAUCGAGGUCUAUGGCCCCUUCCACCUCAAGGGCGCUUUGGGCUUCAUCUUCAACUUCAUCGCAUGCGCGUACAUGAUGGUCUGGUUCGUCAUUUACUGCUUCCCGUACUACCUCCCGACGGACGCCCAGACGAUGAACUACGCCUGCCUCAUUUGGGGCGGGUUCACCAUCUUCGUGGCUGCGUGGUGGUUCUUAGGCGCGCGGAGGGGCUACCAAGGACCACCCAUGAUCACCGACGGCGGCAAGGUCAGCUUGGCCGACACUCUGAAGAAGGUGGACAUUCAAGCUGUGAGGAACAACAGCCUAAAAGGUGUUUAA